GGAGUAUUGCCAUGGUCGCCUUUUCUGCUCUUUUGGUGCUGCUUAUUCUGGAAGAGACGAAGUUCAAUCGCGCAAGUCCAGAUCCUGUAUCCUAUGCAACAUGUUAUCAUACAACGUAAAAUAUGAUCAGGGUAGGGUCCAUCUAUUAAACCUUUUGCUAGAAGUAAAGAGGCCAUUCCCAGGAUCUCGAUUUCUGUCCUAAAUUACCUCUCUACCAUGUCCUACACUAGAUGGCAAGUAGGACUAAUACAUGUGCAAGUUCUCUUUUCGUACUAGAUCGUAUUCCACUAUGGGUAGCAAAUUACCGGGGCGGGACUUGGAUUCCCGAGUACCGCCUCCACACACUCUGGUUCCCCUCAUUCAUAAUAGCACCUGUCGGCGUAGUCAUCUUCGGUGUCGGACUAAAACAGCAUCUGCACUGGGGUGUCCUCGCCUUCGCCACAAUGAUCAAUGCAUUCGGUAAUCUAUCCAUGAUCGGUAUUGGCGCAAACUAUAUGUUCGAAUACUUUAAAAUUACCCGGCGGAGGCCUCAUUAGCGAUUAACUUAUCGAUGUUUGGGUCUUGCACGAGAUUGGUACGUGAGCCAUACGCUUUCGUGGUAGAGAGAAGGUUGUAUAUGCUAAUUGCAGAUUGAGCGGCUUCAAUACUGCUGUUGAGUAGAGCGGUGAUCAUGAGCUUGAGCGGCCAGUUGGGGCCCAGAGAGAAGGGAGAUAGGCGGACAAUGCCUAUAAUGUAGUUGCCGAUAAAGAAAGGCUGAUUAGGGCUGUACUAACAGGUGGGACCUUUAGUGGCACUUUAAGUUAAAGAUAUGGGUGUGUGAGACUUUGGAAGAGGGUUGAG